CACACCCUCACAAGUUUACCCGAUUCAUCUCACCUCAAUAAACCUCUUCUUCCUCAGUGAAAACAUCUAUCAAUUUAUUUUCGAGUCUAGUAAGUAAGAAAAUGGCAGUGAUGCUUAAGUUGGCAUACGUACUUCUUGCUUGCAUGGUUGGUUUUGCACCUUAUGUAACUGAAGGUGCAAUUUCAUGUGGUACGGUGGUUAGCAAGAUGACACCAUGCAUUCCCUACCUGACAGGGGGUGCUCUUCCACCUAGCUGUUGUGCAGGAUUCAAGUAUCUCGUUGCUGCUACUAAAACCACUCCUGACCGUCAAACUGCUUGCAAUUGCUUGAAGAGUGCCGCUGCUGGUAUCCCUGGGAUUAACUAUGGUAAUGCAGCCUCACUCCCAGGGAAGUGUGGUGUUAGCGUCCCUUACAAGUUCAGCCCCUCCACUGACUGCACCAAGGUACAGUAAACACUUUAUAAAUACAAAUCGAUCAAUAAGGAUAUGUACGAAGGAUUAUUACCAGAACGAAUGGACUAGUUACAUGAUGAAGAAUAAGAUGGAUGUUUCGACCGCUUAUGAACGAACUAGUAGGUCAUAAGCAGUUUCCAUACCCUUGUGCAAAUUAAGCUUUGUCAGCUACCUCUAUUGUUUGUGUCAAAUCCACUGUUUAGCUAGUAUUGUGGUUAAUCGUGAUACUAUGUUUUAUGUCAUUCUCCUACCUCUAUUUAUGAAAAAUAAAAGAUUAAUAUGCCUCGGUGAA